AUGACGACUUCCGGUAUAGGAUUCUUGAUGAUCAGCAUGCGCCAGGUGAUGGACGAGCGAAGCGACGAUGGAAGCGAGGAUGAUGAUGGCGAUGAUGGUGGUGAUGAUGAUGGUGAUGGGGAGGGGAAGGAAGUGGAACAAAGAUUGAUGGGCAGAGGAGAAUCUGGUUUAGGGGCCGGGCCUGGCGGUUUGCGUUUUUCCUAUUUGGGGUUAGGGGUGAGAUCCUAUUGGCCAGUAACCAGACAACCCCUGUCACAUUCACCAAUCAGCGAUGAGGCCGCUCACGUGUCGAUUACCGAAUACCGACCUGUAUUCGGGUUUCAGUCUGCCGGGCCGAAAUUGUCCUAUCAGUUUGGCAGCUGCGGGGUAUUUUUGGUACAGCUUCGUAUCCGCCGCUCGUAUAUCGCCUAUUGCCUACCAGCUUAG